AUAUAAUAUAAUCCUCUCUCACGCACACAUUUCGUAGGGUCUCGUCACUCUCACACACACUUUCUCUCUCUCUCUCUCGAUCCCUCUCGAGCUCCAACAAUGGAGGGUACGGUGCGGUGCUCCGCCAACUACGCUCCGCUCACCCCCAUCAGCUUCUUGGAGCGCGCCGCGGUCGUCUACGGCGACGGCGCCGCGGUCGCCCAUGGCGGAAGCCGCCGCACGUGGCGGGAGACGCGCGACCGGUGCCUCAGGCUCGCCUCGGCCCUCGCACGCUUGGGGAUCGAUCGCCGCGACGUCGUUGCUGUACUUGCGCCGAACAUUCCAGCAAUGUACGAACUACAUUUUGGUGUUCCAAUGGCCGGUGCUGUUCUCUGUACACUUAACACACGCCAUGAUUCAGCUAUGCUAUCAGUCCUUCUAAAGCACUCUGAGGCCAAAGUUCUCUUUGUCGACUCUGAGUUGCUCGAAAAUGCCCAUGGAGCUCUGAAGCUUCUCUCUCAAGCUAAUGUAAGCCCUCCCUCUCUAGUUAUUAUCAACGACUUUGGUAAAGCAUCUGCUGCAGAUCAUAUGGAGUAUGAAACUCUCCUACGGACUGCAUCUCCACACUUUGAGAUUAAAUGGCCGAUAGAUGAAUGUGACCCUAUUUCACUAAACUAUACUUCUGGCACCACAUCGAGACCAAAAGGGGUAAUCUACUCUCAUCGAGGAGCGUACCUUAAUGCCAUUGCUACGAUCCUUUUGAAUGAUAUUACCACAAUGCCUGUUUAUUUGUGGACUGUACCCAUGUUUCACUGUAAUGGGUGGUGCCUUCCUUGGGGCAUUGCCGUGCAAGGAGGAACAAACAUAUGCACUAGAAACGUCUCUGCAAAGGUCAUUUUCGACAAUAUAGCCGAACACAAGGUAACUCACAUGGGUGGCGCCCCGACCAUUUUAAACAUGAUUAUAAACGCCCCAGCUGCUCACCGAAAACCUCUUCCUGGAAUAGUCGCUGUGAUGACUGGCGGUGCACCCCCGCCACCCCAUGUUCUGUUCAAAAUGGAGGAGCUAGGUUUUCGUGUAACACACUCCUAUGGUCUCACUGAAACCUACGGCCCGGCAACCGUUUGCACAUGGAAACCCAAGUGGGACCUCUUGCCUGGAGAGGAGCGCGCAAAGAUCAAAGCACGACAGGGCCUUCACCAUCUCGGGAUCGAGGAGAUCGACAUUAAAGAUCCUACUACGAUGAAGAGUGUUCCGUUCGAUGGGAAAACAAUGGGGGAGGUAAUGUUUAGAGGCAACACUGUGAUGAGCGGGUACUACAAAGAUGAAAAUGCAACUAGAGAAGCCCUAGCUGGGGGGUGGUAUAGAUCAGGGGACCUCGCCGUGAGGCAUUCCGAUGGUUAUAUACAACUAAAGGAUAGGUCAAAGGAUAUUAUUAUCUCCGGCGGGGAGAAUAUAAGCACGAUUGAGGUUGAAUCCGUUCUUUUCAAUCAUCCCGCGGUGCUCGACACGGCGGUUGUGGGGCGGCCCGAUGAGUACUGGGGGGAGACGCCGUGCGCUUUCGUGACGCUGAAGGAUGGCUCGCAUGCUACUGCUGAAGAGAUCAUUAGGUUUUGCAGGGAGAAGCUGCCGCAUUUCAUGGCUCCUCGAACAGUAGUGUUCGAUGAUCUUCCUAAAACUUCGACGGGAAAGACGCAGAAGUUUAUCCUCCGGGAGAAGGCGAAGGCCAUGGGGAGCCUCUCGAGACCGCGCGGGAGCAAACUUUGAAGGUACAGAACUUUUCAGGUAAUCUGGUGCUCUACUUUGCAAAGUAAAUAAUAUGUUUGAACAAACUGGUGUUGUUAGCACUCGUUACUUCACUGUUAUUUCAUCAAACUACAUGCAACUUAAAUCUUCAUUUGUAAAUCCAGUAGGGACUUUCCUUUAUGUAAAGAAAUUGGGGCAAUUUGGGUUUAAUUUGUGGACUAUUUGUAACUACUAUUCACUUUCAAUAAAGUCGUAGUUGGUCUCGACACUUUUGCUUCUUCAAA